AUGAGUCCGAAUAUAUCUAAUAGAACAGUCCAUUUACCAAAUGAUACUCCAUUGAAACAGCAAUCGUUGAAAAGACCAUCAAUAUCAUCUUCCUCGACUUCAGGUACCGGUACUGGUUCUGGUGCUGCUGUUGAAGUUGCCGCUGAUUCAACAUCUACAACUAACUUGAAACCCAUUUCAAAACCAAUAUCAAAAUUUCAACGACCACAAUUACCGCCAUCGUUACGGCCACCAAUUAAUAGUAGAUCGAAAACAGCAGUCUUACCUUCUCUUAGCAAAUCAACAUCCAGUUUGGCAACUACACAUUCACUGACCCAAUCAUUAUCUAAUCCUUUCAUUCUACGUCGAGCCAAUUCCCUCAUAAGUCAAGGCGGUUCCUCAUCAUUAUCGGACUUGCAUCAACAACAACAAUCAUCAACAACAUCUUCUGAUCGAUUUAUCCCAUCUCGAUACAAUUCAGUCACUGGUAAACUAGAUACCACCAAUGAAGUACCAUUACCUAGUGCGGCACCAGAAAUACAUAUAAAAGCCCAAACAUCCAAAAUUUAUCAACAUCAUGUAGCUGAAGCAUGUGGAUUAGAAAUGAAUUCCAGAAUAUUAUUAUAUCAACCAUUACCACCAGAAAGAAAAAAACCAGUGAAUUUAGUUCGACAAUUAUCUAACCAAUCAUCAUCUGGCUCAUCCAGUAUUCCAAAUUCUCAAUUGUUUAGAACAAGUUUUUUGACCAAAUCAGGAACAUUAACCCCAUCAGCGGCUGCAGCUAGAGCUAAUAAAAUACCUAAUGCACCAGAAAGAGUUCUUGAUGCUCCUGGGUUAAUUGAUGAUUUUUAUUUAAAUUUAUUAGCCUGGUCACUGACAAAUUUAUUAGCCAUUGGGUUAGAAGAUGCAGUUUAUGUAUGGAAUGCCUCUACUGGAUCAGUGGGACUUUUAUGUGAACUUGCUGAUAAAACUUUGGUGACAUCAUUAAGAUGGUCACAAGAUGGUUCAUAUAUUUCUAUUGGUAAAGACGAUGGAUUGAUUGAAAUUUGGGAUAUCGAAUCAAACACUAAAUUACGAACAUUAAAUUGUGAUAAUCAUUUAACUAGAAUUGCCCUGCAGAGUUGGAAUCAACAUGUUUUAACUAGUGGGUCAAGAAUGGGUCAUAUUUAUUUUUCUGAUGUUAGAGUGGCUAAUCAUUUAGUGAAUAAAAAUCAAGAAGCUCAUUCAGCAGAAGUUUGUGGUAUUGAAUAUCGUCCUGUUGGAAAUGGUACUAGUUCUACUACUAGUAUUAAUGAUUCAUUACAAUUUGCUACUGGGGGUAAUGAUAAUUUAGUAUGUAUUUGGGAUGCUAGAAAUGUUACUACACCAGUAUUUUCAAAAUCUAAUCAUAAAGCUGCUGUUAAGGCAUUAUCUUGGUGUCCUUAUCAAUCAUCAUUAUUGGCCACUGGUGGUGGAUCUACUGAUAAAACAAUCAAUUUCUGGAAUACCACCACAGGUGCUAAAGUGAAUACUAUUGAAACUGGUUCACAAAUAUCUUCAUUGAAUUGGGGUUAUGCUCAUGGUACGGGAUUAGAAAUUGUGGCUACUCAUGGAUUCCCUAGUAAUAGUAUUUCAUUAUUUAAUUAUCCAACGUUACAAAAAACUGGUGAGAUAAUUAAUGCUCAUGAUACAAGAAUAUUAAAUGGAUGUUUAUCCCCGGACAAUUUAACUUUAGCCACGGUUGCUGGUGAUGAAAAUUUGAAAUUUUGGUCAUUAUUUGAUCUUUAUAAAAAUAACAAACGCGAUUAUAGUCAUUUACGUCAUGGCCAAGAUCGUGAUAAUCAAUAUAAUGAUUAUGAUGAUAGUGAUGUUAAUGGAUUAAAUAAUGACGAUAAAGACGGUGGUCAUGAUAGUAAAAGGAUUAAAAAAAUGAUGAACCUUAGAUAA